AACUAAAUUUUAUUUAUCAAAAAUGUCCAUAAAUGAUAAAACAUGCAGGCUAUGCAUGAAUACGGAGGCAAUGAUCAAUCUAUUUUCAGUGGAUGGUGAUCUUACACUUGAUAAAAAAAUUAGUGCAUGUAUUGAUUUAAAGAUUAGCAUUGGCGACGGAUUACCUGCAGUAGUAUGCAAAAUGUGUGAAAGUAAUGUAAAAACAUUUUAUGAUUUCAAGCAAAAGUGUUUAUUUAUUGAUUCUAAAUUAAGAAAAGAGAAACUAGCUAAGAACUGUCACUAUUCACCAAGCAAACUAACUUUGGAUGACACUGAUCUGGACAAUAUCAAGAUGGAUAUUAAAUUAGAAUGUGAUAUUUUUAACAAAAUGGAUAGUGAGUUGAAGAACACCUUUGAUUCUUGGCUGUCAGAUGACGCCGACUCGGCAUUUUAUGUGGACUACUUUAAUAACCAAGUGCCUGGCAAGGAAGAAGAAAAUGAACCUACAACAGGACUCUUGAACAACUUGCCACAACAUGACGAUAAGAAAAUACAUCUUAAAAAACAAUGUAGAAAAUUGAGGAAAAAAGAGUCAACUCAACCAAAAAUAUACCAAUGUGAGAUUUGUGGGCGUAUAUUAAAAAAUAAAUCAGUAUUAGGUAAGCACAUAGCUACACACUCUGGUAUCAAACAAUUUUCAUGUAAACUUUGUUCAAAAACAUUCACUAGAGCGGAACAUAAGGUUGUUCAUAUGAGAAUCCAUCUGGGUAUCAAACCAUACAUUUGUGAAGUAUGCGGAAGGUCAUUUACAAAACGCCAAGAUUUAAUAAGACAUAUGAGAAUUCAUAGUGAUGAUAAGAACUAUGCGUGUCCCAGAUGUGACCGUAGGUUCAAGCGCUCUGGUGAUGUACAUAGCCACUUGCGAACACACACUGGUGCCAAGCCAUACAGCUGUAAAAUUUGUGACAAAAGCUACACUUCACACAGUGGCCUUAGGAAACAUUACAAAUCACAUUGUAAAAGAGAAAACACUAUUAUUAAAUGAGACGACAGGAUUGGACAAAUUGUGGUUGAAACAGAUGUCUGUUAAAAUGU